AUGGAAACACAAAAUCUAACAGUGCUGAGUGAAUUCAUCCUCCUGGGGAUCACAGACCGCCCUGAGCUGCAGGCCCCCUUAUUUGGGCUCUUCCUCACCAUCUACAUGAUCUCGGUGCUGGGCAACUUGGGUCUGAUCAUCCUCACCAAGGUGGACCCCAGGCUCCAGACUCCCAUGUACUUCUUCCUCAGACACCUGGCUUUCACUGACCUCGGUUAUUCAACAGCUGUGGGACCCAAAAUGUUGGUAAGUUUUGUUGUAGAUCAAAAUACAAUCUCUUACUGUUUUUGUGCUAUACAACUAGCUUUUUUUCUUGUAUUCAUUGUUAGUGAAAUUUUCAUUCUGUCAGCAAUGUCCUAUGACCGCUAUGUGGCCAUCUGUAAACCUCUGCUUUACCCAGUCAUCAUGUCACCAAGGGUAUGUCAGGGGCUGGUGGCAGUCCCCUAUCUCUACAGCACAUUUGUUUCUCUUCUAGUCACUAUAAAGAUAUUUAAUUUGUCAUUCUGUGGCUAUAAUAUUGUUAGUCAUUUCUACUGUGACAGUCUCCCCUUGUUAUCUUUGCUCUGCUCAAAUAUACAUGAAACUGAAAUGAUUAUUCUGAUUUUAGCUGGUUUUGAUUUGAUUUCAUCUCUUCUGAUAGUUCUUGCGUCUUACAUGCUCAUCCUUGUAGCCAUUCUCAGGAUGAACUCUGCCGAGGGCAGGCACAAGGCUUUUUCCACCUGUGGGUCCCACCUGACAGUGGUCACAGUGUUCUACGGGACUUUGCUGUUUAUGUAUGUGCAACCUGAGUCCAGUCAUUCCUUUGACACUGAUAAAGUGGCCUCCAUAUUUUACACCCUUGUUAUCCCCAUGUUAAAUCCCUUGAUCUAUAGCUUGAGGAACAGAGACAUAAAAUAUGCAGUGCAAAAAAUGUGGAAAAAACUAUGUAAUCUUUUUCCUUAG